AUGUGUGAUCAGCAGAAGCAGCAACAGAUCCCCCCGUCUUGUGUGAAAGGUUCUGGAUUAGGAGCUGUGCAGAGUACCAAAGGUACCUCUGUGAAAUGCACAGCUCCAACCCAGACCCAAACCUAUGUGAAAUGUGUAACUCCUUGCCAGACUCAGACCUAUGUAAAAUGCCCAACUCCAUGCCCAACUCAGACCUAUGUGAAAUGUGUAACUCCUUGCCAGACUCAGACCUAUGUUAAAUGCCCAGCUCCAUGCCCGACUCAGACCUAUGUGAAAUGUGUAACUCCUUGCCAGACUCAGACCUAUGUGAAAUGCCCAGCUCCAUCCCAGACAACCUAUAUGAAAUGCCUAGCUCCUUGUCAGACAUACAUGAAGUACCCAGCUCUGUGCCAGACAACCUAUGUGAAGUGCCCAACCCCCUGCCAGACCCAGACUUGCUAUGGUCAGGGCCCUUCUCCUGGCCAGACCUACUAUGUUCAGGCUCCUGCAAGUAGCUUGACCACCUCAUGUGGCGUACCUGAUCCAUGCUCUGCACCCUGUUCCACCAGCUACUGCUGCCUGGCUCCCCAGACCUUUGGGGUAAGUCCCCUAAGACGCUGGGUCCAACGGCCCCAAGACUGCAACUCAGGAUCAUCUGGCUGCUGCGAAGAUUCUGGGUGCUGCAGCUGUGGGGGCUGCAGUUGUGGUGGCUGUGGCUCUGGGUGCUGCUGCUUGGGAAUUAUCCCCAUGAGGUCCCGAGGUCCUGCAUGCUGUGAUCGUGAUGAUGACUGCUGUUGUUAA